AUGGGCCAUCCCCAGGAACACUACGACAUUGUCAUCGUGGGCGCAGGCCCUGUCGGCAUUUUGUUGUCGCUUUGCAUGUCCCGAUGGGGUUACAAAGUAAAGCACAUUGACAACCGACCGGUGCCCACUGCCACUGGCCGUGCCGACGGAAUCCAACCCCGCUCCACAGAGAUUCUCCGGAACCUGGGACUCAAGCGCCAGAUCAUGGCUUACGAGCCCGCCAAGGUCUACGACGUCGCCUUCUGGGAUCCUCUCGGCGACGGAAAAGGUAUCCACCGCACCGGUAGCUGGCCUAGCUGCCCGCGCUUCAUCGACACCCGCUACCCUUUCACCACCCUGGUUCACCAGGGUAAGAUUGAGCGCGUUUUCCUGGAUGAGAUCAAGAAGGCUGGCACGACCGUGGAGCGUCCGUGGACCAUCCAUGGAUUUAAGAACGAUGGCCUGGAUGAGACGUAUCCCGUGGAAGUCCAGCUGAAGUCCAUUGACACCAAUGUCAUCGAGACUGUUCGCACGAAGUACCUUUUCAGCGGCGAGGGCGCUCGGAGUUUCGUCCGCCAAGAGCUUGGUAUCAAUAUCCGACACAAGGACCCUAUCUCCUAUGUGUGGGGUGUUAUGGAUGGUGUUGUGAGGACUAACUUCCCCGAUAUCGAGACGAAGUGUACUAUCCACUCUGAUGCCGGCUCGAUCAUGGUCAUCCCCCGUGAAGACAACAUGGUUCGCCUGUAUGUCCAAAUCGCGUCCUCCACCGAUCCCGAUUUCAACCCGAGAAAGACCGCGACUGCCGAAGAGGUCCAGAACACCGCGAAGAAGAUCCUCCAACCUUAUACUUUGGAAUGGGAUCGUGUGGAAUGGUACUCUGUCUACCCCAUUGGACAGGGUAUUUCCGAGAAAUACACUCUGGACGAGCGUGUUUUCAUGGGUGGUGAUGCUUGCCAUACGCACAGCCCCAAAGCUGGUCAGGGAAUGAACACUGCUUUCCAUGACGCUCUCAACAUGGCUUGGAAGCUGCACGCCGUCGAAUCCGGACUUGCCGACCGAUCCAUUUUGAGCACCUACGAAAGCGAGCGCAAAGAUGUUGCGGAGACUCUGCUUGACUUCGACGCCAGAUAUGCUGCCCUGUUCUCCAAGCGUCGUCCAUCUGCCGGCGAGGUUGGAUCUGCUAGCCACACCGCUGCCGCUGCCGGCGCAGAGGAGGACGAAUUCGUCAAGACUUUCAAGUCUUCGUGCGAGUUCACCAGUGGUUACGGGGUUGCUUACAAGCCCAAUGUCUUCAACUGGGAUGAAAGCCACCCUGCCCAGUCGCCUCUGUUCAACAUCCCCGGUGUGAAGCUGACUCCCGGUCGCGCUUUUACGCCUUCGACCGUCACCCGGCUUGCGGAUUCCAACUCGGUGCAUUUGGAGCAGGAAAUCCCUGCUAACGGUGCCUUCCGAAUCUUCAUCUUUGCUGGCAAGCAGGCCAACACUAAGAAGGCCAUUGCGGAUCUGGGUGCCAACUUGGAGAAGGAACGCUCGUUCCUCUCCGUGCACCGUAGACCCGACAUUAAGGAUGUUUCGUUCUUCGAGCGUCACCAGCCCCACUCGAAACUCUUCACCAUCUGCCUGGUCUAUGCUGCGGAGAAGAACCAGAUCGAUAUGGAGGCAGUGCCCCAGAUCCUUCGGGAUUACCACCACCAUAUCUAUGCCGACAGCAUUCCCGACGUGAGAGUCCCCACUGCCAAGUUUGCUGCCCACGAGAAGCUUGGGUUCGAUCCCGAGCAGGGAGGUAUUGUUGUCACUCGCCCUGACAGCCACGUCGCCUGUCUGGUGAAGCUGGCCGAAGGCAGCGGCACUGCGGACGCUCUCAAUGCCUACUUCAACGCAUUCUCGACGAAGUCUCUGGGCCAGGACCAGCAGCAGAGCCGUCUAUAA